AGAGGUGGAGCGGGUGGUCGGCUGCUGCCGCUUUCCCCGCUGAAUUGAACUCUGACCCUUUCUCGGAGUUCUCCCCAACUCUUUCCCGCUUGUCAUGCGUUUUAAACUAACAAUUUAAGAUGGAAGUUGUUCUUGGCCUCUCCGCGCAGUUCGUGUUUGUUUGACUUUUCUUUUGACUCGGUGGCACCGCGGGCUGCGCUCCUCCUGACUGCCGGGUGUGCGUAUCGUACAUCUGCCGAGAAGCACCUCCUAUUUCGCUGUGGAACGAUAUUCUCGAUCAGCAUGAUACUUUUCGCAGGAUUUGUGAGUUGAUGGCCCUUUCCCGACCGAGGCUCCAAAUGCUCCAGUUCUUGACUGAGAUGUUCUCCUGACUUAAAGGUCACAUCCUGACGAAGGCUUUUUCAAUAAUUACUCACCUGACAACACACAAUGGCUUCCAAUAUAAUCGUGGAACAGCAGUUUUCUCACAAAUUCACAGUGACGGUCGUUCGAGCCGAGAGCGUCACCAAGGGAGCGCUGGGUGACCUGUUGGACACCCCGGAUCCAUAUGUGGAGCUAUUCAUCCCGACCGCCCCAGAGAGCAGAAAGAGGACCAAGCACAUAGACAACGACAUCAACCCAAAAUGGAACGAGACCUUUACCUUCAUAUUAGACCCCAACCAGCAGAACGUCCUGGAGCUAACAUUAAUGGACGCCAAUUACGUGAUGGAUGAGACACUCGGGACUGCAUCUUAUGACAUCGCCAUGCUCAGCGUAGGACAGACAAAGAUGGAGUCUUUCCUCAUUGGCAAAGCAACCAAAGUAUACUUAGAGAUGUCCCUGGAGAUCUGUACCAACCUGGACCUGCGGUUCAGCCUGGCCCUGUGUGACAAAGAGAAGCAGUUCAGACAGACCCGCAGAGAAAGAGUGAUGCUGGGCAUCAAGAAGCUGCUGGACAUGGAGAAGCCUCGCUUCCUGCCCAGCUCUCCAGAGGAGGUGCCAGUGAUUGCCAUAGCGGGCUCAGGAGGUGGUUUCCGUGCCAUGGUCGGCUUCUCAGGUGUGAUGAAAGCCCUGUUUGAGUCUGGGGUCCUGGAUUGUGCCACAUAUAUCGCCGGCCUCUCCGGAUCCACAUGGUACAUGUCCACUCUCUACUCCCACUCAGACUUUCCAAAUAGGGGUCCAAAGGACAUCAACAAGGAGCUGAUGAACAGAGUUAGCAGUAACCCUCUGAGGCUGUUGCUUCCCCAACACAUCACCAACUACAUCCAGGCCCUCUGGACCAAAAAGGCCACAGGGCAGCCUGUUACCUUUACCGAUAUCUUUGGUAUGCUCAUAGGAGAGACACUUAUACCUGCGAGGAUGGACAUUAAGCUGAGCAGCAUCCAGGAGAAAAUAAACCAGGCCCAGAGUCCUCUUCCUCUCUUCACAUGUCUGCACGUCAAGCCCGAUGUUUCUGAGCUCAUGUUUGCAGACUGGGUGGAGUUCAGCCCGUAUGAAAUUGGGAUGGCAAAGUACGGCACCUUCAUGACCCCCGACCUGUUUGGAAGCAAGUUCUUCAUGGGAACUGUUGUCAAGAAGUACGAGGAAAACCCUCUUCAUUUUCUGAUGGGUGUGUGGGGCAGCGCCUUCUCCAUUCUGUUCAACAGAGUGCUGGGAGUCAAAGACACAGCUGGUGGCAGCACCAUGGAGGAGGAGUUAGAGCAGAUCAAACCGCAGCACAUCGUCGGAGAAGACAGUCUUGACAAUGACGACGAGCCACGUAAAGGUGGGACAGAGAACCAGGAGGCAGAGGACGAGUUCCAUCGCACCGCUCAGGCUAGCUGGGUUCAGCGAAUGUUCACCUCGCUCUUCAGCGACUCUGCCUUAUUCAACACGAGAGAGGGCCGAGCCGGGAAGGUUCAUAAUUUCAUGUUGGGCCUGAACCUGAACACCAACAUCCCGUUCUCUCCAGUCAGUGGGGUCACGUGCCACGCCCCUACACCUGAGGAGGACGUGGAUGCCGUCACAGACCCAGACGAGUUCGAUCGUAUUUACGAGCCUCUGGAUGUAAAGAGCAAGAAGAUCCAUGUAGUGGACAGCGGCCUGACUUACAACCUUCCCUACCCCCUCAUCCUGCGGCCGCAGCGUGGUGUCAACCUCAUCAUCUCCUUCGACUUUUCUGCAAGACCCAGCGACUCCAGCCCCCCAUUCAAGGAGCUCCUGCUGGCAGAAAAGUGGGCUCGAAUGAACAAGCUUCCUUUCCCCAAAAUCGACCCCAAAGUCUUUGACCGCGAGGGCCUGAAGGAGUGCUACGUCUUCAAACCGAAAAAAGGCGAAAAGAACUGCCCGACGGUCAUCCACUUUGUCCUGGUUAACAUCAACUUCAGGAAAUUCAAGGCACCUGGUGUCCCCAGAGAGACUGAGAAGGAGAAGGAACUGGCUGAUUUUGACAUUUUUGACGACCCUGAGUCACCAUUCUCCACGUUUAACUUCCAGUACUCCAACGAGGCCUUCACCAGACUCCAUGACCUAAUGGAGUUCAACACACUCAACAACCUGGAGGUGAUCAAAGAAGCCAUCAAGGACUGCAUCGUGUCCCGGAAGGAGAAUCCCUCGUGCCUCUCCCUUCCCUUCUCCCUCAGUGAGAUCCCGAAAAAGAAGUUUCUCAAACGGGAUCCUCGGGUAAAACCCUGGAGUCACCUGGGAAACGACGACCAGUAGCCUGAUCUGAGACUUUGGAUAAAGUGGACUGUAGGGAUUUUUGUAGAUUCUGACUUAAAAUAAAGCAUUUUCUUUUUGGAAAAUGCUAUCGCGUUGAUCUCUUUUCUGCAUACUUUUAAUCAUACUUUAAAUUUUGGAAAGAACCAUAACGUUUAUUUUUAAAAGCCUUGUGAUUGCAGUCAUUUACGACAGGGUGAGAGCUUUCGUCUGCUGGGAAAACUGAUGCUGUGUAUUGAGCGCAGACAGCUGAUGUCUGUGCUUCCCUGCUGCCUGUGAGAAAGAUAGGAUGUGGAGAAUGACCGCUCACUGAACAAUGCAAUGUGACUGGAGUUGCAGCUAACAUCUGCCUCCGUCACAAACAGCGGGAGACGUCUGUGUGCUCAUUCACUUCACUUCCAUACAUCAUGUGAAUAUUCCAGCUGCUGCAUGAGGACACCUCUUGAUGCCUGGAGCAAAAGCUGCGUUUGCAUCUUUCCUGUGACUUUUUGACGCUGAGCUGUGUGAAUGUGCUGUAAGAAGCCUCACCUGUACUGUACCUGUUUGUCAGCUGAGCUCUUUCCCCAUUGAACGUGACACUGCAGAGCAUGCAGAUCGGCGUGUUUUUGUUUUUCUUCGCCGGAUGGCCCGUCUAAACACGUAAUCCUGCUUGAAAACAUGGAAGAGGGGCUUGUAACCAUUGGUUUUGUUUGAUGACAGCUCCUACACACGCCAGGUGCACCCCCCCUGGAUACCUCAAACAUCUCAAUGAUGCUUAUCCACCUACAGCGAAGGAGCACUCCCUGCUCCCCCGUAGGGUGUGUCUCUUAUUAAAGCCACCAUUUUGGAAAAACAAAACUUGAUACCAUAGAAACGGCGCCGCUUCUUCUCUCCCUCUCCCUCUCUCCAUUGGCAUAAAGGUGUGUUUAUUUUCCUGACCAUGUUGUUUCAGCCUGCCUUUCAGAUACCGGCGCAGGUUUGUUUUUCUCGGGCCAUUUCCUCCCCCAGCAAACCCGACUCGCUGCAGGUGAAGUGGAGCUUAUGUCAGAGCGAGGGAAGGCUGGGUGGAGUGGAGAGAAUCACGAGACCCGCUCGCAGCUGGGAAUGGUGGCUCUCUGCAGCACACAGUGGAAUUUUACACACUACACCUACACCUGCAGCAGUGGAGGCCUGGAAUCUGACACACUACACCUAUACUCGCAGGGGCCCGAAGGCUGCACACACAGCAGUGGAAUUUUACACUGGAGCACUUCCGACCCCUCUAUGCUCAUGUUUCACCCCCCCUUCAGUCUGAGACAACAAAAAAAGGUGUUCUGCAGUCUCGCUGCAGGGAUUCAUGACCGACAAACCUUUGCAACUUUAUGCCUUUCUGUUGAUUUUUUAGCACGUCAUUUGUGCCCAUAGCAUUCCUUUAUGUUUGCAGAGUAUGUUUAUUUGCUUUUGUUUAUUAUACCACUCAUAUCUGACUGUUACAUGUGUCAGUGGUUCCUGUUCCUGUUUCAACUCGGCUCCCUAUUAGCCUACAGCCAGUUAGCUUAGCUCAGCAUGAAGACUGCAAAAGGGAAAACAGCUAGCUUGGCUUUGUCCAAAUGUACAAAAACUGCAAUGUAUUAAAAGAUAUCAUGUGGAUUGAGUUUUAAAGUUGCCAGUAGAUUCAUUUUCUUCCCUUGGGAACAGGCAGGCUAGCUGUUUCCCCUUGUUUUCAGUCUUUAAGCUAAGCUAAGCUAAGAAGUCACUGCCUGGAAUGGAGAGAUGUGAGAGGGGUAUCGAUCUUUCCGUUGUGGCUAAUUCGCAAAAAAGCCUUUUGGCAUAUCUCCCUUCUUUAAGACAAAGUGUAUCCUCAAAGCUUUGUGCAAUAAAACAAGCAUUGGUCAUUUUAUGAAGACGUCUCGUCAAACUCUGAGUUGCCAUGUUACACUUUUAUUUUUCUUUGUAGUGUACGGUUAGCUAACGGUUAGCAUUCAUGAGCUGUAGCAACUUGAUUUUCUAAUAUUUUUUUUGUCAUAUUACAUUUUUAAGUUCUUUGAUAAUGUUUACAAAUGUGUAAGAUGCUAAACGGUCAGUUCUGUGUGCAGAAAUACUCCAGUGAUCAUUAACUGUUUGGAUUUUAACUGGCAAAGCAUGUCAUACAUAAUGUUUAUGUGCAACGAAAAAGAACGAUAAUAAAAGAGAGA